UUUCUUUGACAGAACUCUUCAUGAACACACUGAGGAGAAACAUUAAAGUAAAGCAAGAAGAGAAGAAUUGAGCUCAUUUUCAUUGGACAGUGCAAAGAUGCGGUGGAUACCAUUUCUGCUUAUUCUGAUUGGUCAAUGUUGCUCCUGUAUGUGUCGCCUGUAUGAGUACCACUUUGUUGAAGAAAAGAAGACCUGGGGAGAAGCACAGAAAUACUGCAGAGAGAAGUACACAGACCUGGCCAAAGUGUUUGACAUGGUGGACGUGAGAAGACUCUGUAACUCCACACAGAAUCAAGGAGAAGCCUGGAUUGGACUGAACAACACAGGAGGAAACAAGAUGUGGCACUGGUCUGCAGAUAAAUUUAUCCUGAUUAAAGAAAACAAGACCUGGGAGCAGGCCUUGGAUUACUGCAGAAGGAUUCACAGGGACCUGGUCUCCAUCACUGACCCUCAGGAGCAAGGAUGGGUCCAGGAGAAAGUCCAGAAUGCCUCGAGUCCUUUUGUCUGGCUGGGACUGCGCUACACCUGCACUCUGGAUCUGUGGUUCUGGGUCAGUGACAAGUUAGUCUGCUAUGAGAAGUGGGCCAGAGAGGGAAAGACUGAGGAGUGUGACAGGGCUGUGGGCAUGGACAGAGGAGGACAGCAUGAGUGGUUCAGUCAGAGAGAAAAUGAGACCUAUAAUUUUAUUUGUUCUAAGCAAUAA